GUGAAAGAUCCAUUUUGUGCAUAAUUGCAUGUACAGGCAUUAGCCCUUGAUCAAACCAAGCCACUAUUCAUCUGGUUUUCGUUGACGAACUUCCCAUAACCUUGGUUCUAUCAUCAUGGAGAUCAAUGAAAAUGCAUCCUCAGACAACAUGAACUUUAUCAAGUAUAAGGUACCUAAGAAACAGCCUUAUAGAACUUGGUACCACUUUCAAUCCCCACAAAAUUGGAUGAACGAUCCAAAUGCACCUAUGUACUACAAAGGAGUUUACCACUUUUUCUACCAACAUAACCCUCAUGCAGCAACCUUUGGUGAUAAAAUGGUGUGGGCUCACUCGGUGUCCUAUGAUCUCAUCAAUUGGAUUCAUCUAAAUCAUGCCAUUGAACCAAGUGAGCCCUAUGACAUCAACAGCUGCUGGUCAGGGUCAGCCACUAUACUCCCAGGUAAAGAGCAACCUCUUAUUUUGUACACAGGAAUUGAUAAUAAUAAGCAUCAAGUUCAGAACUUAGCCAUGCCAAAGAAUCCCUCAGACCCCUUCUUAAGGGAAUGGGUGAAACACCCACAGAACCCUGUCAUGACUCCACCAAGUGGAGUUGAAGUGAAUAAUUUCAGAGACCCUUCAACUGCUUCGCAGGGAAAAGAUGGAAAAUGGAGAGUAGUCAUUGGUGCUCAAAAUGGUGAUGAAGGGAAAGUAGUUCUUUAUCUAAGUGAGGAUUUUGUUAAUUGGACUCAGGAUCCUAAUCCCUUUUAUGCAACAGAUAAUACAGGUGUUUGUGAGUGUCCAGACUUUUUUCCUGUGUACUUCAAUGGAAGCACAAAUGGUGUGGAUACAUCUUUGCAUGAUCCAAGUGUUAGACAAGUCUUUAAGAUAAGCUAUCUUUGCAGACACGAGGACUAUUAUUUUCUUGGUAAAUAUGUUUGUGAUGAGGGGAACUUUAUCCCUGAUGUUAAGUUCACAGGAACUAGUUUGGACUUAAGGUUGGACUAUGGUAAAUUUUAUGCCUCAAAGUCAUUUUUUGAUCAUGCUAAGAAUAGGAGGAUAUUAUGGAGGUGGGUGAAUGAGUGUGACACUACACAAGAUGACAUUGAGAAAGGAUGGGCUGGUUUACAGUGUAUUCCAAGACAAGUUUGGCUUGAUGAAAGUGGGAAAAGGUUGAUGCACUGGCCAAUUGAAGAGGUAGAAAAACUACGUGACAAACAAAUUAGCAUAAUGGGAGAGAAACUGGUUGGUGGAACAAUUCUUGAAGUCUCAGGUAUCACUGCAUCACAGGCCGAUGUAGAAGUGUUAUUUGAACUACCAGAACUAGAGAAUGCAGAGUGGCUAGAUGAAAGUGAAGUUGAUCCCCACUUGCUGUGUAGUGAAGAAUAUGCAUCUAGAAGUGGCAUAAUAGGGCCAUUUGGUUUGUUAGCUUUAGCAUCAGAGGACCAAGCAGAACACACUGCAAUCUUCUUCAGAAUAUAUAGAGCUCCCAAUAGAUAUGUAUGCUUCAUGUGUAGCGACCAGAGCAAGUCUUCAUUGCGACAGGACCUUGAUAAAACAACAUAUGGAACCAUCUUUGACAUAGAUCCUAAUCUCAAAACGAUUUCACUUAGAAGCUUGAUUGAUCGCUCCAUUAUUGAGAGUUUUGGGGAGAAAGGGAGAAUUUGUAUAACUGCUAGAGUUUAUCCAUCAUUGGCCAUAGACAAAGAUGCACAUCUUUAUGUAUUCAACAACGGAAGCAAGAGUGUGGUGAUUUCAGAACUGAAUGCUUGGAGCAUGAAGCAAGCAGAAUUUGUUCAAGAGGAAAGCAUAAAUAAACUGUAGCUAGCUAAGAAAAGAAGGAUUUGGAUAAUCAUGAACAUUUGAUCUAGAUACUUUAUAUUGUGUGUGAUAUUCACUCCUUGUGAUUGUUUCAUAUGAAAAAUAAAAAUUAAAAUAAAUUACUAAACCCAUUACAUUGGACUUUUUGACUGAAAUAAAUUAAAAAAAAAUUAAAAUACAUAAAAUAAAUUAAAAAAAAAUUAAUUACUAAAGUAGGUGAUUUUUGACACAAGAAGACAUAACAUAAAAAAACGCGGAAAAGGGUGGUUUGUAGAUGGUCCCUCCCCCAUUCGUUUUCCAUUACUGACGUGGCAUGUGGCCUGGAUUUGAAGAUGGUGCCUUAACCCCCGAGCCUUCUUCAAUGCUACAGAAAACCCCUCCGCCAUGCGCCUCCUUUAAUCUGACAGCGUGGCAAAAGAUGACGCCUCCAUAGCUGGCGCCAUCAAUUUACACCGCUUGUGAAACAUAAGAAGGUGUUCCUGCACUUCUACAUACUGGGGUGGUAUUCGACCGGGAGUGAUGCGGAGGAAACAAGAUAUGCAUAUUCACAAAGCUGCACCAUUUCAUAACUGUCUAUCAUCCCUUGGACCUUGCAACACAUUUUGCAACACAUUUAUGGAUUGAAGGAGGUGCAUGGGGGAGGAGUUUGCUGUAGCAUUGAAGAAGGCACAGGGGGUUAAGACGCCAUCUUCAAACCCAGCACGUCAUUAAUGGAAAGAGGUGCCAUCUGCAAAACGCCUUCCCUUACGUUUUUUAUGCCACGUCACCUCUUACGUGUCAAAAAUCGUUGGUGAUUAGUUUCUUUUUUAAAUUUAUUUUAUGUAUUUUUUUUAAUUUAUUUCAGCCAAAAAGCCAUUACAUUGUUCAUAGCUCAAUAAGUGACAAACCCGGUGUAUGGGUGCAAAACAUUAGUACUGGCUAGUGGUAACAAAUAUAUGUAUGAAUGAUUCUUCACUAGAUUUGAUUAAGAACAUAUAUUUUGU